UAGCCCAGCAGCAGCCCAGGUGUCUGCAGAGAGCAUCAGGAUUCCUCUCACUCAGUUUGUCAAAAACUCUGCCCUGCGUCACAGCAGCUCCACCAGCGCCCCCUCCACCCCGGAGCUGUUCAUACGCCGGCAGUACUCCCAGUCCUUCAGACUUCCAAAAAGAAAGCCAUCUGACGUGGAGCGUUUCAGCUCAGAGAGCAGUCGAGGUCGAGCUAGGCUGCCCCAGCGACGCUGCGUGGCUGACUUCAUGGUGCGCUCUCCGGAGUACUCUCCUCUGCGUCCUUACCAGUCCGGCUCCGAGGACAGCAGCUCAGAGCACUCGUCAUCCUCCAGCAUUAGCUCUCCUGGCAGGGAGAAGCCGACUGAGAUCCCAAAGCUCUGCCCACCGCCUUACGGGUUCCACUUUGGAGCACAGAAGAAAGGAGUCUCUCAUUUCCCCAGUAUGCACAAAAAUACGAGCACCUGCUAUGUUAAGGCAGCGGCGGGAGAUGGACCCCUCUCCCCGCAAGCUCCAGACAUGGGGAAGUGCUUCAUCUCUACUGUGGCACGCAGCACUCAGCAACGACAGUGGCAGGAGGGGACACCUUCACCAAGAAGCAUCUUAAAGCCCCCUCCACCUUACACCAGGCUGGUGCGGACGCCCUCGCUGAAAGAGUACCCAAACCACGCCGUGAGGCUGCUGCCCCGGGAGGUCGUAUCAGAGGAGCUGAAAUCGUGGCAUCAAAGGAAUCAGCUACAGAAGCUACUGCCAAGCUGCGGGGAACAGCAGAGCGUUACGAGCCCCAUUUCACCUCACCUGCCUCCUUUUGCACAGGGUUCAGGUAACGUGGUUCUCCAGCGGGCUGUAGACGGGACUCCCCUUCAGUGGUUUGUCGCCGAGGAUGCUGAGAUUGUGAGCCAGGUGUAGCUGACACGCCUAAAACCCCCUGCAGUAUGAUGACUCAUUCCUUUAUUUAUUAAGUCUUUAGACUCUCUGUGAGAUUGUUUGUUGACAUAAUGCAGAAAACGUGGACCUGUUGGUAUCACUGAUUAAUUUAAUGUAAGGUGAUAUGCCAGUUUUAUUUAUUUGGUAAUACAUCUGAGGUGAAAUAAAUCUGAUACAGUUUCAUAGCUUGUUUCAACAAAGACCAUAAACUUGCUGUUGUUUGAAGACCUUUUUUUGUGGCUGGAACACACUUUGCACAU